AUGAACGCACCAAAUAGAGAUAACUUUAAUCUUCCUGAGGGUGUAAAGAAAAUCUCUUUUGAGGAAGAUCACAACAUCGAAAAUGCUGUUACUUUCAAAAUCGAAAAAGAAGACCAUACAAUUGGUAACCUAUUACACAGACAACUCUUAAAAGAGAAACAAAUCGUCUUUGCUGGCUACAAAGUGAAACAUCCGUUCGAAGAAACUGUGAUUGUAAGAGUGCAAACUACCAAAGAGACUACGCCCCAGACGAUGAUGACGAAGGCUGUUAGCGAUUUGAUGAGUGUAACUGGAUUCUUGACAAGCAAGUUUACGGAACAAGUAGAGAAGGCUAUAGCCAAAAGUCAGACUUGUAAUAAUACUGGCUUGCCGAAUCAUGAUUCUUCAUCGUACUUACCAAUGUCUCCAAUUGAACAACAGCCAUCAUGA